UAUUGCCUGCUGACCUCGCCAAUCCUCUUCCUUGCAGGGGCUACGGGUAACUCAACCAAAGAACACAACAUGAGCAAUGAAGAACAGUACCACUCACAGAGUUCCGCUGACGAUGAUAAUGAACAUAAAAGCGAGGUUGAAAAUCACGGCCCGAAACGCAACACCCGUAGGGUUGCUGAAUGUGAUGUCAAUGAACUUGGUGCUAGCCACGGAGAAAUGAUGGCCAGUGAUGAGGUUGACCAUGACGAUGGUGAUGAUGAUGAUGAAAAUGAUGAUGCUGAUGACGACGACCUUGUGACACAAUCCCGCUCGUUAACCGAAAACAACAUUGUAUCAGACAAAAGAAUGAAAGAUGUUAAAUUAGCUACCAAGGACACCACCUUUAGCUUGGCAGAUAUCACUGGCUUCGAUAAGGAAGUCAAAUCUCAGACUAUCGAGACUACAGCGGUUAACAAUGGUAAAGAAAGGCCAUCGGGGGCUAGAGCGAAAACUUUCUUUAAAGACCGUGAUAGAGACCGUGGUAACCGUGGGGAGUUUGAUUAUGAAAAUAAAAAUGAUGCUGAAUCCGAAGAAGUUGUGGCCAAAUCGAGCUCGUUACCUGUUGAAAGCCUUGUACCAGGGAAAAGUUUCAAAGAUUUUAAAUUAGCUACCAAGGACACCAUACUUAGCUUACCAGUUAACGCUGGUUUGGAUGACCUAGUCAAAUCUCGGACAAUCGGAACUACAGCGGGGGACAACAAUGGUAACAAAAAGCCGCCGGGGGCUAAAGCGAAAACGUUGCUUACGAGUAAUGAGAACACUGCAAAGGUACCUACGACGAGUUAUCCACCAAGCCUAGGAUCGAAGACUUCGUCACUGAGGUUACCUCGAGUAAAUGGGGCGGAAUUAAAUUACUUUUACAACAGCAGAAUACCAUCCCUAGAUGCGACAGGUAUCAAUCAAAAUUUCCUUGCGCGACAUACGACAGAUAAAAGUCUACAACAUGUCUCGCAGCCUGGUGAUUUUAAACAAACGAGAGAAUUGACUCCACCUACGAAUUGGCCCGUAUGGAGUCUACCACCUCCUGCAAUGACUGAAACAAAUGAUUUGAAACAUCGAUGGCCUCAGUCAAGUGUAUUGCACCCUUCCGUCGUCAGUUAUCAAAGUGGGAGACAAAGUAACUGGAAUGAUGAGCCACCUGCAUUAAGGUUACCUACAGUAAAAUCGCCUGCGCCCGUGGUAAGUCCCAACGUCACUGCACCAGUCACGGAGUUGCAGCCUAGUGCGAGUGUAACAUCCUGGAGUAUACCUUCAUACAGCUAUCAAUCCAGUGUGUUGCCUGAAAAAGGGAAAGAACGUUUCCUGGAGCCUUCCACACCCAAUUCGUUUACAGAAAACCAAGAACAUGUUCAUCCUGUGACUUCAUCUGAAAUAUCAGAUAAUAGGAGAAAGGAUCAGGGAAAUGGUGCUUUGGCAUUAUCACCUGAGUUCCCGGAUGUCCCCUCACUUGCCGCACUAGAACGCAAGGUGGCGGAGGCAUGCGCAGUAGUUGAAAGGGUUAUGAAAGAACGCGAAGAAAGAACAAAAGCGCAGCGUAAGGCAGCGCGAAAGAAAAGAGAGUUGAGAGAACAAAGAGAAAGAGAGGCAAGAGAAAUAAGGGAAAGAGAAGAAAGAGAAAGGAGAGAAAGAGAAGAAGGAGAAAGGGAAGAGAGAAAAAUGAGAGAAUGGCAAGAGAGAGAAAUAAGGGAAAGAGAAGAAAGAGAAAAGAAGGAAAGAGAAAGGAGAGAACCGAUAGAAAGUGACGAAAGGGAAACAAAGUGGUUUGGGGGAGAACGGGUACCUGUUCAAGAGAGUCCACGAUGGCAAUGCGAGCAUUAUCAGCGGCGUUGCAGCGUAAAGUUUCCUUGCUGUGGAAUCUUCUACCCGUGUCACCACUGUCACAAUACAUCGGGGGCGUGUGAUACUGAUGACAGGAAGGCGAAUAAUGCGACGCAUGUCAAGUGUGGCAUCUGUGGACACGAGGAAGAGGUCAGUGACUUUGUUCUUACGGUUAUUCGUAAGAAUUGUUUAGCUUCGCGUAUUCUUCAACUGCACGGUUGAUUAGCGCGCGCACAUUAAAAAUGGUGUUUCUUUGGGGGUGGAGAUCGCAAGAGGUAAAUCUUCAUUUAUCUCCUAAACGAGUAUAGCGACCUGUCGUUUUUCUUUCUUUCACUAAAUUGAGCGGCAAUGUUUCUGCAGAAAGUAGACAAAUUCUCAGUACAGAAAAAGAACCAAUGGUUGGAAAAGUGGUCAAUUUUCAUGUAAUCGUAAAUAGAGUUAUACCGAUAUUGUAAGGAAUCAUUGCCGGAGCUGAGUGUACAGCUUACAGUGUUUCAUACUCUACUUUAAGUUACUUUGCACUUGUCGUAACUAUCUGUUUCCUUUCCGUCUCUCUCUCUUUUUUGGGAAAUUUAGAUCAAUGAAGGAAGCCAGUAUUGCAGUGGCUGCGGCGAACAAAUGUCACCGUAUUUCUGUUUCAUAUGCAAACAUUUUACUGGGGUGGAAAAAUAUCCAUUUCACUGCGAUAAAUGUGGCAUUUACAAGUAAGUUAUUGCGGAUAGGAGUUCCGAUACUCAGUUACAACCAUUUUCAACUGUUCCUUUAGCUUCCUUCUUUAGACGUCGACUUAUUAAGGCCUAGGCAAAACCUCGAACUUCUCAUAAACUUAACUCACUAAGUUUGGUUCGUCUCAUGAAAAGUUCGACGUUUUGCGUGGGCCUAAGAACACAAAAAUUUGUCACCUCUUCUAAAAUAACACAGGCAAUAUUCAAAGGACUCAAGGGAUAGCUUAAGAAAAAUCAGUCCUUCUUUCGCGUGGUUGCCGUUGGUUUUGUAGAGUCGUUAGUUGAUGGCCUGAAAACCGAAAGAGGACUUCACGAGGACUUCACCUAGAUGCGACUUCACGCAUGUGCGUAAGGGGGGCGUGUUUGCGAGUGCAAAUUCAUGUGAUCACGGUGAUAGCAUUGGAAUUUUUUUCUGCGCUGGAGAAAGAGCAUAACGAUUAUUGGCUCUGCAAGGGCUUCAUUUACGUAAAGCGGAGGAAAAUCUAUCAAUCUUUUACGUUUUUUGUCUUUAACAGUACCCACAAGGACAAAUCGUUUCACUGUGAUGUUUGCAACGUGUGUCUGGACAAACGACUUGAAGGGAAACAUAAGUGCAGGCCCAAUUCCGGACACGACGAGUGUUGUGUAUGUUUAGAGGUAAGUGAAGAGGCACUAUUUCCCACUAUUAAAAGGGGACUGAUAAGCAACCUCGUUUCCAGGGUCCUCUCCAACCUGUCCCUUGGAACGAGGUAGACUGAUAAGGUGGCACGAAGACUUGACGUACACCUGCGACAGUAAAGCAUUUGUCGAAUAGACGAGCAUUGUCUUGUUACUAAACUUUGAUGAAGUUUGCAACAAAGUCGGAAAUAAGUGACGUACGGAGACUGAGCUGUGUUUUGUUUGAUUUGGUGGAACGUCAGUGAUGUGAAAUGAGCGAUGGUUAAUGGGUGUUUGUAGGUGUUAAAUUCCCCGUUAUCAGUAUCCACGGUAUCGGUAUUGCAACUGACAGGUGGUGCAUAAACAUUGACUGCUUAAUAUCAAUUAAAGGUAAAACCUUUAUGCGACUGCCCGACAGCAAUAACCGAGACAAAGAGAAGGAAGCGCAUGCGUGUUGUUCACCGACAGCAAGCUUGUCGAGAGAGGAUUCAACAUGUUUCCGUUGUAAUUAAACCAACUUUCUGUCCUUUACACAGGAUGCGUUCAGCGGUUGCCAGAUCCUGCCAUGCUCGCACAAGGUCCAUAAGGAGUGUGCCAUCGCUAUGAUUCAGAACGGACUGUAAGUGGCCAACAGCAGUAGAUAAAUAUAAAUAAAUAAUAAGCAAUAAUGAUUUCUAGGUCGCACGUCUACAUAGUGGUUUUUCCUCUGCCAGGCCAUUUCUGAUUGAAUUGGAGUUUGGAAAUGUUGUUUUCGGGAAGAUGGAAAUAACCGGAGUACCAAGGAAAAAAAAGGCGUGCACCAAAAACCCCCUAUAGCGGCCCGCGCUUGCUUUUGCUUUCACCACUGCGCCGCCUCUGGGCGGCAGAGUGGGGAAUUUAGCCCCCUCUUCCCCAUCCCCCCAUUUCCCCUUUCAAUCUCCCCAACCUAAGCCAUUUGAAGCCUGAGACCGAAGUGAUUCAGAUAAUUUAUUUUUAAUACCGCCUCUGGGCGGCAGAGUGGGGAAUUUAGCCCCCUCUUCCCCAUCCCCCAUUUCCCCUUUCAAUCUCCCCAACCUAAGCCAUUUGAAGCCUGAGACCGAAGUGAUUCAGAUAAUUUAUUUUUAAUGUAAUUUUGUUUGCUUCUUUCUGUGUUUCAGACGAAACUGUCCGAUAUGCUGUCAUCCCCUGUUUAGCCAAGGCUGA